ACAACAAAAUUAAAAAAAUAAAAAUCAAAGGAACAAAAAAGCGCAGACCUGUCUGUUCUAUUUCACCCUAAUCUCAUCAGAUCAAUCGAAAGAGCAGCGAAUCAUCCAAUCAAGGAGUAAAGCAAAUAAAAAAGAAAUGUCAGGAGCAUCAAUGGUAGGAGAUUCAAGCUCCUGGUCCACCGCUCUCGUCAAGAUUUCACCUUACACUUUCUCCGCCGUCGGUAUCGCCAUCGCUAUCGGCGUCUCCGUCCUCGGCGCCGCCUGGGGAAUUUACAUAACUGGGAGUAGUUUAAUUGGUGCCGCUAUUAAAGCUCCUCGAAUCACUUCCAAGAAUCUCAUCAGUGUAAUCUUCUGUGAAGCUGUUGCCAUAUAUGGUGUUAUUGUGGCAAUUAUUUUACAAACAAAGUUAGAGAGUGUUCCGGCAUCACAGAUAAAUGCGCCAGAGUCUCUUAGAGCAGGAUAUGCAAUCUUUGCUUCUGGAAUUAUUGUUGGCUUUGCAAACCUUGUUUGCGGGUUGUGCGUCGGAAUAAUUGGAAGCAGCUGUGCACUGUCUGAUGCUCAAAAUUCCUCACUUUUUGUGAAAAUUCUUGUGAUUGAGAUUUUUGGCAGUGCACUUGGACUGUUCGGAGUGAUUGUAGGUAUAAUUAUGUCAGCUCAAGCAUCAUGGCCUUCAAAAUCAGUGUAAUUUCAUUAUCUUAGUAGAAAUUAACAAUUUGGUUAUAUGACAGUGAAACCUGUUUUAUGGAUCAGUUACCAGAAAUGAACUUUACAUUUUUUUUCUUUAUUUAUUGUAAGUAGCCAUGUAUGUAUAAACUUGCUUGGAAGUGUUUCCUCUUUUUUGUUCUUAUAAAGCAUUUGUUGAAUGAAAAAUAAAUUUUUUGUUACGGAAACCAUGAUUUAAGGUUAAGAGGAUGAAUUAAGUCAUGCUACUGAAAUUAAUUGGUUUUUUCAGUUGUUAUUAGUAGGCAAUUAUGUAAAAACUUGCUUGGAAAUUGUUAGCUUUUA